UCUUGCUUGGAGAUAUGAAGAGUAAACUGUUGUUUUGUUGGGGCAUGUCUUACUGUUCUACGACCACUGUUUGGGAAAAAGAUGUUGUGUUCAAGGAUCUAAACAAGCUCUGGGAGGAACACGAACCAAAUCUUCCAUGGAAAGCAGGUGAUUACAACAAAACCAAUACGGUUUUGGUCGACCAUUCUCCUUGCAAGGCUUUGCUUAAUCCGCCAUUUGCAGGAAUAUUCCCUCACUCAUACAAGUAUCAGAACAAGACAGACACAUCCUUAGGUAAUGGUGGUGAUUUGAGACUUUAUCUGGAGAAAUUGGUAGAAGCAGAAGACGUUCAAGAUUUCAUCAAGGAGAACCCUUUUGGGCAAGAAGCUAUUACGGAAGCAAGUGAAUCUUGGGAGUUUUACAGCAAAGCAAUUCGUAAGCACGCACGUGCAUCUAAGAAAUUGGUUCGGUAGAAAAAGAGAAGGAUUGUUGCAAAAAUUUUUGUAAGUGUUUUGGGUGGAAACACAAACUUGUGUACCUAAAAUUGCAUCCUUUUGUGCACUUUAAAGAC